AUGCUUUAUCCAUAUGCUCCUCGACGCGGUCAGCUAGAUGCACUCUUCCAGCUUAUAUUCAACCGUGGUGAUCUAAUACUGAUUGCGAUAACCUCCUUUGGCAAGAGCAUGAUUCCGCAGGCACUAUCAAUCCUAAUGGAUCGAAGCGUCACUAUCGUUAUCCUUCCACUGAUUCAGAUUGGCAUUGAGCAAUCCGAAGCUAUAACACGUCUAGGUGGCCAUCCUCUAUUUAUAGAGAAAAAUACUGAUAGGACUGGUCUAUUAAUGAACAUCAAGAAAGAGGCAUAUACACAUCUUUUACUGAGCCCUGAGUUGGCCGCGAAUGAACAAAUACGGUACAUUUUUGAAGAAUCUGAAAGCAAUAAACGUGUUAUUGCCGUUGUUAUUGACGAGGCGCAUCUUGUCCACCAUUGGGGUGAUGCUUUCUGGCCAGAAUAUGCACAGGUUGGCAGGCUGCGAAUUAUACUAGGCCCUCAUAUUCCUUGGUUUACCUGUUCGGCAACACUUGAUCCUCAUACACUGAGAGUUUUGAAAGAACGUGGGAGAUUUAAAACAAAUACCGUCAUUCAUCGCACGCCAAUUGAUCGGUCGGAGUUGCUUUAUCGCGUCGGGGUAAUACCCCGACUACAGCGCGCAACAUUUACAGUAUUACGAUUCCUAUUUGACCCUGAUCCUCUUGAAAGAACCCGGGCACAUAUCGAACCACAUGAGUUUAGCAAGACAAUCGUCUUUUUUGAUUCUAAAAGAGAAGUCUUCUCGGCCCUGGAUUGCAUGGUUGACGACUUAUACUCGGAUACACACGACUUGGAUAAGGCGUAUAUUACAUCUGAAAUGCGGAAACCGGGAACCGAAUCAUCUAUCAGAGUGGUAUUCGCUACAGAGGCUCUUGGUAUUGGAGUCAAUCUACCCGAUAUACAACGAUCAGUAUUAUAUGGCCUUCCGAAGAAUCUUCUUCCAGCCACUCUACUACAACGCGGUGGACGCGCAUGUAGAGAUCAACAUGACGACAAAAUUAUCCUCCUAGUUGAUGUCUGGAUCAUUGGUGAUCGAGAGGACGCGUCUAAGCAUACAGAAGUUGCUAUUGGAUCGUCUCAACUUGAUAACGACCUGGAAGAGGAUAUAGAAGAUGAAUCAGAUGAAAACCAGCCACUUACACAAUCUACUGCUGCAGAGCGAGAGCGUCAAGCUAAACUACCUCAUCUCUGGUACGAUAUUUGCAGCCACCGGCAGUGUAUACGGCGUGUUCCCAUGAGGCACUUUGACGAGCCACCAGAGCAUCGGUCUUCUGUUAAUUCCCAGCGAUGCUGUAGUUAUUGCAAUCCUAUAUUCCGCCUUGAUGAUUAUAUGGACAAUGCCAAAUAUUAUACCUACAAGGAGCGUGGUUUUCGUGCAAACAAGAUACACAAAGCUAUCAUGGCUGACAUUAAGAACUGGGCUACUACACAAGCGGCCAAUCUCCCACGCAAUUUUACGUUUAUACCAACUGCCGAUUUCUUUCUUGCAGAAACACUUUACGAAUCAAUUGCACGAUUGACCGACCUCCUUUGUACACAGGAGCAACUGAAGUCUAGUAUCGGAUCUUGGCGUUACUGGGAAAGCCAUUGA